AUGAGGAGCGCAGAAGACACAAAUUUCAAGGAGGGAGACAUCGUGUGGUAUGAAAACCAACCCUCCAGCCCAGAGCACAAUGCAGACAACAACACUCUGUUCACUCUGUGCCGCAUAAUCCACAAGAAGGAUGACGAUGAGGUCAUGCUAUCCAGGCACAGUGACUACAAUGGGAACCUAUUUAUGAGCAAAGUGAACAGCCUACACAAGGCCAACCACCUCUUUACCUUGGACCAAAAUGACAUGAUAAAACUGAAGCAUAUUAAUGAUCCCACGCUGCUGCAUCAUCUGCACGAAAGAUUUAAGAACAGAAAAUAUUACACAAAGAUGGGUCCGUUACUGUUAUUUGUAAACCCUAAUAUGAACUUGAACCUAAGCAAUCAAGAAACCAUUCACAUGCACAAGUUUUCGAACACCCCUAGAGAAGGAAACUUGAAUGAGUAUAGCGUUGCUCUUUCUGCGCUGCGAAAUUUGAGCAUAUUAAAAAGGAAUCAGUCCAUUAUCGUGACUGGUGAGUCUGGCUCAGGGAAGAGCGAAAUCACGAAGAAUAUUUUAAACUUUCUGGCGUACCAAGUGGAGGGUACAGCCAGCAUUCAGGGUGAUGAAAGCGAAGCGAACCAACCUAACGAACCAAACGAACCAAAUGAACCAAAUGAACCGGUUGAGUCUAACCAACCGAACCAAGUGAACUUCGGCGAAAUGAUAGCCCACAUGAACGUCCUUUUGGACGCCUUCGGGAGUGCCAAAACGGGGAAGAACAACAACUCCAGUAGGUUGUCCAAGUUCUUCACUUUACACAUGGAUGAGAAGGGGCGUGUAAAAUCCAUGCACGUGAAGAAGUUCCUUUUCGAGAAGGACAGGCUGAUCGGGGGGAGCGGGACGGGAGACGACGAAAUGGGCAGUGAACAGGAACGCGAACGCGAAAAUUCUUUCAACAUUUUUUACUACAUCCUGAACGGGUCAAGUGAGAAGUUCAAGGAAAUGUACUACCUGAAGGAUGUGAAGUAUUACAGGAUGUUGUGUUCGAGGGGUUCAGUGCGGAAUGGUAAUACUGCAUCUGUGGGCAACAACACGAUGCAGGAUGACGAUAUGAACGAGGAUCAGGUGAAUGACGAAACGACGAAUGAGAAAGUAUCCCCAACAGACGAGUCGGCAAAAUUUCUUGAACUGCUAAAAUCGAUGAAUUACUUUUUUGAUGACGACAAGGAAAUCGACUUUGUCUUUUCCGUCCUCUCGGCAUUGUUACUUCUGGGGAAUGUAGAAACGAUGAAAAUGCUUCGACAGAAAUCGUUCCUAAGAAAGAGCUUCCUGUGUGAAAGUUCACUCAACUAUGAGGAGUUACAGAAUUUUUUGGAAGACUCAAAUGAAGAUUUAAUAAUCGAUGAGAACGUGAAAAACUUUCUCCUAGCUAGUAAGCUGCUGGGUAUGAAUCCACAAGAACUGGUGAAAUACUUCACCACAAAUUACGUGUUCAAUGAUAUUCUUCUUAUGAAGGUACAUAACGAGAUGAAGAUCCAUAGGAAAAUAGAAUCCUUCAUUAGGACCACUUACGAGGAGUUAUUUAAUUGGAUUUUGCACAAGGUGAACUGCAAGUUGGGGACGUUAACUGGUGAAGAGGUGGGGGGUCAUCAGAGGGGAAAUAUCGAGGGGAAUUACAUAAACGUUCUCGAUUUGGCCUACUUUGAGAACGGGGAAAAGAAUUCCCUCGGUGAAUUAUUAGUUAAUACUUGCAAUGAAGCGAUUCGUAAGAUGGUGGUAGAUUCUUUAUUCAAGAGGAGGAUAGAGCUGUGUAUGGAAGAAGGUAUAAUAGAAGCAUCCUCUGGCUGUAACUUCCACCAGAUAGACAACGAAGGGUUAUACAAUGUGUUGGUUCAGAAUGGGGAGGAGUCUCUCUUUUCCUACUUGGAAUCUCUAUCCAUGAGGAAGGUCACUGAGAAGAGCAACCUGCACUCUUUAAUAGUGAAAAAGUUUGCCACGCAGGGAGGGUACAUAAAGGGGGCCCUUUCCACUAUAUCGGGGGAGGAGAGCAGGAAGUCCCCCCCCUCUUCCUCCUUCGUCAUCGUCCAUUCUUAUGGUGAAGUGUGCUACUCGUCUGAGCAUCUCAUCAGUCAGAAUAUUGAUAUACUUACGAAUAACUUUAUUGACUUGAUGAAGAAGUCGGGGAACCCCUACUUAGAACAACUCUGCUGCAGUUACAAUUAUGACCCCUCUGGGAAUAUAGUGGAGGAGAAGAGACGCUACAGCAUUCAGUCUGCUCUGAAAUUAUUCAGAAGGAAGUAUGAGUCCAAAAACCAAAUGGCUGUUACUAUGGUGAGGAAUAGCUUGGUUGAACUGAUGAAGGUGAAGGAGAGUACCUUUUGCCACUUUAUAUUUUGCAUGAAUUCCAACCAUAAUAGGGAGAAGAAAGGGGGGGAGGUUAUUAACCUGUUUGAUGAGAGGGUCGUCUUCGACCAGGUGCAGAGGAUGUCCCUCUCUCAGUUCAGACAGCUCAAAGGCGCUGGGCUCUUUCCCCACGCGUUUUACUUCGAGGAGUUGCUGGACCUGUUGGAGGGCCCAGCGGAAAAUAACGCGGAAGCGGAAGAGGGAGAAGCAACCAAUGAAGAAGCAACCAAUGAAGAAACAAACAAUGAAGAAGCUACGGAGGGAGAAGUGAUGGAAAAUAGCGUGGAAACCGCUGAGGUAGAAGCAACAAAUGAGGAAAAUGAAGGAAGCGGAGAAGCAACAAAUGAGGAAAAUGAAGGAGACGGAGAAGCGACAAAUGAAGAAGCGACAAAUGAAGAAGCGGUAAAUGAAGAAACGGCAAAAGAAGAAGUUGCGGAGGGGGAAGUUGCUGAGGGGAAGGGCCAGGAUUAUCCCCACGCAAACGCCAAGAAGCGCAUCGAACAUAUGAUGAUAUUGCACAAUAUCAGUAAGAGCGAGUGGGCCAUGGGAUCAAACCGAAUCUUCCUCACGGACGUCUCUUUAAGAAUUCUCAUGCAGAAGAAGUGGGAACAGUACAGACAGAAGAUGCUUCCUAAGUGGGUUGCAACACUGAACGGUGAUGAAAAGGCGAACCCUGAAGGGGAUGAAUCUGCCUGCAAAAUAACAGGGUUGAUGAACCUAGAGUGCGUGAGAAUAAGCCAAGUGUACAAGAAAGAGGAUGCUAAUAUGAUCUACCAGAUGGUGAAGCCAGGAAUGGAUUCCGAGUCGAAAGAGGGGAACAGUUGGACCAAGGAACUCAUGCAACUUAUAAACCUAGAAAGGAUAAAGGAGUUGUAUAGUUCCGGAGGGGAUAAAGGAAAGGACGACCGGGCGUGGACAGUCGAUGUGUGUGGCAUGGGUGAUGUGUCCAUGGAAAAAGGAGGAGACUCUCACCAGAACCAAGAAGGUAAUCCCAAUCAGACCUCAGUAGAAAUGUGUGGUAUUAUGAAUAUAUUAAAUAACGUGCCUACAUGCAGCCCUACGGAUAUACCCCUGAACGGAAGCUGCACCUGCGGCAUGGGAAUGCCUAACUUCUGCAGCAGGCAUUCUCCGUCUGAGGAGAUAAAGUCGGAGGGCAGCCCGGAUGAGAGCGUAGUGGCUGAAGUGGAGGAAAUAGGAGAGGUCGAACAGGGAGAAACUAAACCAGUUGACGUCCAACCGGGAGAAGUGAACCUGGGAGAAGUGAACCUGGACGAAGUCGAACCUGAGGAAGUAGAACUGGAACCUGUUGAAGAAGGAGAAGCGAACGGAGAACCAGUCGAGGAAGAGUUAUCAAAUGGGGAGCAGCUCAAUGUGGAAGAAUCAAAUGGGGAAGUCCCGGAGGAUGACCUGGCCGAGGAGGAACACGCUACAAACAGUGACGAAGAGGAAAAGAAGGAAGGAAGCACCGCAAACAAUGACACGGCAGAUGUAGGGGAACCACAGGAACACGAGUUAGAUGUGGAAGAGGGUGGCUCUGUACCGGGUGAAGUAGACACCGGUGAGGCUGGUGAGGAUGGCACGGAGGAAGCGGUGCUUGGGGUGGAAGUGGUCAAUUUGAAAGAUGAAGAAGCAGAGGAGGAACUUGUUAUGGGGGAGGUAGAUGUAGAAGCGGUGAAUGAUGAGCCGAACGAAGGGGAGGUAGAUGUGGAGGCGGUGAAUGAUGAGCCGAACGAAGGGGAGGUAGAUGUAGAGGCGGUGAACGAUGAGCCGAAUGAGGUGGUGAUAGAGAUGGCGAAGGAGGAAUCAAUGGAGGGGGACGACAUAGAAGAGGAGAUGCCCCAAGGGGAGGAGCUCGAGGUGCAGGCACUGGAAGUGGAGGUAAAUGAAGAAGAGGUAGACAAUGUGGAAGUGGUAGAUGAGGUGGAAGCGGCAGAUGCGGUAGAACCAUCAGACAUGGUGGAAACGUUGGACGAGACGAACCCCUUCACCGAGGUAGAUGCAGCGAACCAGAUGAACCCGUUCGACGAGGUAGACGCAGCCGAUGAUGUGAACCCUCCGCAGCAAGAGGACGAAAACUCAACGAAGGACGAAACAAAGAACCCGAGGGAGGAAGAUGUAGAUGAGGAAUAUAUUGAGUACAAUCUGAACUGCUUUAAAGCAACGGCAUCAAAAAAAAUGGGAGAUCUAAAUAAGAUGUUAUUGAGUUGCGCUGGAGAUGAAGUAAAUAUGGUGCAGAACAUGUUGGACUGUUACUUAUGUACCGAAGAAGGGAAUCAUUAUGAGCAUUGUUUUAUAGAACCCAAUUUUUGGAACCCCUUAGAUGUAGGGGAAAACGGGUUGACAGAAUACACGGCAGAAUUAAGGAACCCAAAGCAGAAGCACUUACUGUUGAGUCACCUAAAUGAGAAGUAUAUCACCCAUUCGGAUGAGAAGAUACAUCUAAUGAACAUUUUAAAAAAUAUGGUCACUAGCAUGGAAUAUGUGCACAACAGAAAGUGGAACAUCUUUUUUACAUCGUCCGAUUAUUACUUUAAGUCUUAUGUCUCUAACGAAGAUCACUUGUGCUUGCAAAACGACUCCGCCGACUUAAACGAAAAGGUCAUGUUUAACGAAGAGUGCAACUACCACAAGGAUAAGAAGCACAAAAUGCAUAAGCAUAGAUAUAGUACCAUCGUGGAGUAUUUAACUCUCCCCACAGGGAAGGACAUCCACGAAAUUUGUCUUUCCAACAAUGCAGAUAAAAAGUAUAUAAAAAAUAAUUACAGGAUUCUUUGUUUCCGAUCGAGGAAGGGUUCUAAAUUGGACUUUAUGAAUGCCAAGGCGUUUUAUACAUCCAUAGAAUAUAAGAAGGUCAAGACGAAAAACAUAACUCAUGUGCACACAGACUUCUCCUACAUGGAUGAUAAGAUGAAGCGCAAUUUCAAGCAGCACGUAAUUAAUGAGUUCAUUAACAACCCCACUAUCAGCAUGGAAGAGUUGGGAAACAGCUUGCUCAAUUUGGCCACCUACUUUUACUACGAAAAUCGGGGUUCCUGGUGUGUCUUCGUGUCGAAGAGGCGUGCCUUCACGGGGGUUAUCAACAUUGUUAAGAAUAGGUACAUACGUAUGACGGCGAAGAAUAAGACGAAGAAGUACCACAUCGUGCUGUUCGAGACGCCAGUCUGA